CCGGGCCCCGCCGCCAUCUCGCGGCUCUGGCGGCGGCUGCGCGCUUGGCCCGGCCCGGCCCGGCUCGGCUCGGCUCGGCUCAGCUCAUCUCGUCCCGGCUCAUCCCGGCCAAGCCAUGGCCGCCUCCGCCUUCUGCUGCCUCCGCUGGUGCCGGGAUGGCGGCGCCGGGCACAUCCCGCUGAAGGAGAUGCCGGCGGUGCAGCUGGACACGCAGCGCAUGGGAACAGAUGUUGUCAUUGUUAAAAACGGCAGGAGAAUAUGUGGCACGGGAGGCUGCCUAGCCAACGCACCUUUGCAUCAGAACAAGAGCUAUUUUGAGUUUAAAAUCCAGUCCACAGGGAUUUGGGGUAUUGGAGUUGCAACCCAGAAGGCAAACUUGAAUCAAAUUCCCAUGGGUCGAGACGUGCACAGUCUGGUGAUGAGGAAUGAUGGAGCUCUCUAUUACAACAACGAGGAGAAAAACAGACUACCAGCAAACAACUUGCCACAGGAGGGCGACGUGGUGGGUAUUACAUAUGACCAUGUAGAAUUAAACGUAUAUUUAAAUGGGAAGAACAUGCAUUGUCCAGCUUCAGGAAUCCGAGGGACUGUCUAUCCAGUGGUCUAUGUUGAUGACAGUGCCAUUCUGGAUUGUCAGUUCAGUGAAUUUUACCACACGCCUCCCCCAGGGUUUGAGAAGAUCCUCUUCGAGCAGCAGAUCUUCUGAGUGUCUUCGUACUGGAAAUUUGCACCCUGCACUGUUACGAAAAAGCUUUGUCAUCUUAAAUAAAGCUUCACAUUACCUUUAGGAAACAUAUCCGUAUUUUUAGUAAGUACUUGUGACUGUUGUCUGCGGAAUUAAUGUGUUAACUGCAACACCAGAUAAUUGUGUUGCAAGUACUAGAUUUCUGGCAGUGUUUUGUGGUUGAAAAUCAAUGUUUUGGGCCAGUUUUUUUCUGAUCUGUACUCGAUGCCUAAGGAAACCAAGGGUUAUCAUUGACAUCAGUGUUUAAUUCAGUAUUUUGGAUGAACUGGAGCUCUGUAAAGCCGGUAAUAUGAUAGCUAUGGAGAGUGAUAGUUCUCAUGAUCUUUUUUUUCCCAGCUUUUUCCAGACAGAAGCUUUAUACCUUGUUAAAAGGAAGUACUGUAUGACUGACGAUACGAUGGCAUAACUAGCAGCUAGGCUUCGUGUGCCUCCGCAAGGUGUAGCUUAAUCCAUUCCCUCCGUCUUCAAACAGCAAAUGUGUAUUGCUCCUAGCUUUUCGUUCCCUUUGACUGUGAUGGAUAAUGGGUUGCUGUGUAGUGAUACUUCAAACACUAUCUUGUUGAACCUUAACAAAGCAAAGCUGAACGCCACCUGUAUUUUUUUUGAGGACCACAGCUCUGUGUCGCUCUGGUAGCAGAGUUCAGCACAGAUUGCUCAGCUUGGGUAUGCAGAGAGGCAGGUGAAGGGUGUGAGAUGUUACGGUGAAGCCUUACAUCUACACUGUAAAUCAGAUUAUUCUUUUACGGAAUAACUUAUUUAAUUUCUCUGUGAAUCAUUGAUAAAUGAUUAAUGGCUAAGACAUUGUUCUAAAAUGUGAUGCCCGUAAGUAUAAAUUGAGAUGCUUUUUUUUUUUCUCCUCUGUUGUCAUGUAUUUAAUAUACUUCCUGGAAGAACUUUUAUUGUAAAGAAAAUCUUCGUAUUGGAUGUUUGGUUUUUGUUUUUGACUUUUCCUGGGUUGAUGCGGUUGCAUAAAGGAAUAAUUUAUUUAAAUAUUUUUUAGAAAUGACCUGAUUCUGAAAUUUUCAAAUACAGCUUUCUCAAAGCCUUUCAA